GAGAGCCAACUUCAACAUUCCUCAUCAUCAUGGCUAGCAACAAAGUACUAGUACAACAAUGGCUUUUCAUGUUGUUCAUCAUGUUAGUACAUGUUGUGGCAACGUACGGUGCUAUGGACAAUGCUACUCAGGCUAGCCUCCUCAAGUUCAGGUCCUCUUUGUCUAACGCCACCGCGCUAAGCAACUGGAACGACUCCAUUAAUUUGUGCAAUGGUAACAAAAGUGACUGGGCUGGCGUGCUUUGCCGCAAUGAUGUCUUCUAUGGGUUGCGCCUAGAGAACAUGUCUCUUUCGGGCAUGAUUGACAUAGACGCAUUGGCUGAGAUACCAACUUUGCGUAGUUUAAGUUUCAUGAAUAACAGCUUCAAAGGUCCAAUGCCUACUGUGAAGAAACUUAGUUUAACAAGGGUAUUGUAUUUGUCUUUAAACGGCUUCUCAGGUGAUAUUCCAGAUGAUGCUUUUGAUGGAAUGAAUAGUUUGUGGAAAGUUUAUUUGGAAAGAAAUGAAUUUACGGGUAAAAUCCCCAAGUCCCUUGUUGCAUUGCCUUCGCUUUGGGAGUUGAGCCUUGUGGGUAACCAAUUUGAAGGAAACAUACCAGAUUUUCAACAAAGUCAAUGGAGAAAAUUCAAUCUAUCUUACAACAACUUUGUGGGUCCGAUUCCGGAAAAACUAAGCAAUUUGGUGAACUCAAGCUCAUUUUUGGGCGAUAAAGGUCUAUGUGGAAAGCCUCUGGACCCAUGCAAGCCCCCAACCCCAAAGCCGAAGAGACACUACCUCCUAACCAUUGGGAUCUUAGUUAUUGUUACUGCCGCAUUAGCUCUCUUAGGUGCAAUUUUAUACGUACAUGGCCGCCGAGCCAAAACAUCCCAAUAUGAAAUGGCUCAUGAUCAAGAGGAAAAGGCCCACAAGAAUUUUGGUUAUGAUGUGAGCUUGAAGGAGUACCAAUCAGCUGAGCUACGUAUACCUGCUGGGUACAGAAAAGGUGAGCAUGAAAAGUUGUUCUUUGUGAGAAAUGAUAGGGAGAGGUUUGAUUUACAAGACCUACUUAGAGCCUCAGCUGAAGUAUUGGGGAGUGGGAGCUUUGGGUCAUCUUAUAAGGCUGUUCUUUUGAGUGGGCCUACUAUGGUUGUGAAGAGGUUUAAGCAAAUGAACAAUAGUGGGAAAGAUGAGUUUCAUGAUCAUAUGAGAAAGCUAGGAAGGUUGUCACACCCUAACUUGCUUCCUCUUAUGGCCUUUUAUUAUACCAAAGAAGAAAAACUUUUGAUCUCUGACUUCGUCGAAAAUGGCAGCCUCGCCAGUCAUCUCCAUGGUAGACGUGCUCCAGGGCAGUCAGGUCUAGAUUGGCCAACUCGCUUAAAGAUCAUCAAAGGAGUAGCUCGAGGCUUAGCUUGCAUUCACAAAGAGUGCCCUACCUUAUUACUACCACACGGUCACCUAAAAUCUUCCAAUGUUCUUCUAGAUCACAAUUUCAGGCCUAUCUUAUCAGACUUUGCUCUUGUCCCAGUCAUCAACAAAGACCAUGCUCAUCAAUACAUGGCAGCAUACAAGUCCCCAGAGUUCACACAAACUGACCGUACUUCGAAAAAGACUGAUGUGUGGUGCUUGGGGAUACUCAUUCUUGAACUCUUAACUGGAAAAUUCCCUGCAAACUAUCUGAAACAUGGUAAGGGAGCUAAUGUGGAUUUGGCAACUUGGGUCAACUCAGUCGUGAGAGAAGAGUGGACAGGUGAGGUGUUUGAUAUGGACAUGAAAGGAACAAAAGACAGUGAGGAAGAAAUGCUGAAGCUUUUGAAGAUUGGAAUGUGCUGCUGUGAGUGGAAUGUGGAGAGGAGGUGGGAUUUGAAGGAAGCUGUGGAGAAGAUUGAAGAGUUGAGUGAGAGGGAUGUGAAUGAAGAAGGCCCUUAUACUUCUAAUGGUAGUGAAGGAGAUAUGUAUUCUUCUAAGGCAUUGACUGAGGAAGACUUCUCUUUUCUUGGUUAAUUUGAAUAAUUUGAUGAUGAGUUAAAAGGUGAGUGUUGAGGCUUGGAGAAUCUGCAUGUGCAUUGGAUUUUUAAAAAGUUGGUAAGGGUGGGUGGUGGAUUCUAAAGGUAGCAAGAAACUAAGAAAGUCUUGGUUCUAUGAUCAUUUCUAUUUUUUACUAGUAUCACUGUGUAUCUCGUUCAUUUUCAUUUUUUGUUCCUUACCUUGGUGGCAAUAAUAAUGUAAUGAGCUCUAUCUUCUGGUUAUUUGUAAACAGUUCUUCUAUAUAUGGAUAUGGCUUUUAUCACAAUGUCUUGAUACUGUCGAUUAUAAUAAGUUGUCGACAAUUAAUUUCACAUAAACUCAUUACUUAUUUUUUACCACUCACAUACAGUUGAUUACUUCAACAAAUUGUGGCAAAAUUUAUGUCUUUAGAACUUCUUAUUUGUAAAUUUGCUCUUUAAAAACUUUCAUUAAAGAGAAAUAAAGAAAAAGGCAAACGAUCAGUAUUAUAUAGUUACUAAAAAAUAAGAUUGGAUGUUAUGACAUGGUUUGUGUGCAAGAGAAAGGAUAAUGUAUUCGGUUUGUUUAUCGGAAACACAAUAUUUUGUUUUUGGAAUAUUUUAGUUUAU